AGGGGUGGGGGACCCCUUGACGUCACCAGAAGGAGGUGCCGGGGUAGGAAGUGGGCUGGGGAAAGGUUAUAAAUCGCCCCCGCCCUCGGCUCCUCUUCAUCGAGGUCCGCGGGAGGCUCGGAGCGCGCCAGGCGGACACUCCUCUCCGCUCCUCCCAAGCAGCGGCGGCGGCGGCUCAGAGCGGGCUCCGGGACUCAGGCGCAGCGGCCAGCGGGCGCCUGGCGGCGAGGAUUACCCGGGGAAGUGGUUGUCUCCUGGCUGGAGCCGCGAGACGGGCGCUCGGGGCGCGGGUCCGGCGGCGGCGGAGAACAAGAGGAAGGACUUGGGCGGCCGGGUCGUUGGCCGCGGGGAGCGCGGACACCAGGCGAGCAGGCCGCGUCGCACUCACCAUGGUCUUCUGCUGGGACACCGGGGUCCUGCUGUGCGCGCUGCUAGGCUGUCUGCUUCUCACAGGAUCUAGUUCAGGUUCAAAAUUAAAAGGUCCUGAACUGAGUUUAAAAGGCACCCAGCACGUCACGCAAGCAGGCCAGACACUGCAUCUCCAAUGCAGGGGGGAAGCAGCCCAUCAAUGGUCUUUGCCUGAAACGGUGAGUAAGGAAAGCAAAAGGCUGAGCAUAACUAAAUCUGCCUGUGGAAGAAAUGGCAAACAAUUCUGCAGUACUUUGACCUUGAAUGCAGCUCAAGCAAACCACACUGGCUUCUACAGCUGCAAAUAUCUAGCUGUACCUACUUCAAAGAAGAAGGAAACAGAAUCUGCAAUCUAUAUAUUUAUUAGUGAUACAGGUAGACCUUUCGUAGAGAUGUACAGUGAAAUCCCCGAAAUUAUACACAUGACUGAAGGAAGGGAGCUCAUCAUUCCCUGCCGGGUCACAUCACCUAACAUCACUGUUACUUUAAAAAAGUUUCCACUUGACACUUUGAUCCCUGAUGGAAAACGUGUAAUCUGGGACAGUAGAAAGGGCUUCAUCAUAUCAAAUGCAACGUACAAAGAAAUAGGGCUUCUGACCUGUGAAGCAACAGUCAAUGGACAUUUGUAUAAGACAAACUAUCUCACACAUCGACAAACCAAUACAAUCAUAGAUGUCCAAAUAAGCACACCACGCCCAGUCAAAUUACUUAGAGGCCAUACUCUUAUCCUCAAUUGUACUGCUACCACUCCCUUGAACACGAGAGUUCAAAUGACCUGGAGUUACCCUGAUGAAAAAAAUAAGAGAGCUUCUGUAAGGCGACGAAUUGACCAAAGCAAUUCCCAUGCCAACAUAUUCUACAGUGUUCUUACUAUUGACAAAGUGCAGAACAAAGACAAAGGACUUUAUACUUGUCGUGUAAGGAGUGGACCAUCAUUCAAAUCUGUUAACACCUCAGUGCAUAUAUAUGAUAAAGCCUUCAUCACUGUGAAACAUCGAAAACAGCAGGUGCUCGAAACUGUAGCUGGCAAGCGGUCUUACCGGCUGUCUAUGAAAGUGAAGGCGUUUCCCUCGCCGGAAGUUGUAUGGUUAAAAGAUGGGUUACCUGCGACCGAGAAAUCUGCUCGCUAUUUGACUCGGGGCUAUUCAUUAAUUAUCAAGGAUGUAACUGAAGAGGAUGCAGGGAAUUAUACAAUCUUGCUGAGCAUAAAACAGUCAAAUGUGUUCAAAAACCUCACUGCCACUCUAAUUGUCAAUGUGAAACCCCAGAUUUAUGAAAAGGCCGUGUCAUCAUUUCCAGACCCAGCUCUCUACCCACUGGGCAGCAGACAAAUCCUGACUUGUACCGCAUACGGUAUCCCUCGACCUACAAUCAAGUGGUGCUGGCGCCCCUGUAACCAUAAUCAUUCUGAAGCAAGGUAUGACUUUUGUUCCAAUAAUGAAGAGUCCUUUAUCCUGGAUCCUGACAGCAACAUAGGAAACAGAAUUGAGAGCAUCACUCAGCGCAUGGCAAUAAUAGAAGGAAAGAAUAAGACGGCUAGCACCUUGGUUGUGGCUGACUCUAGAAUUUCUGGAAUCUACAGUUGCAUAGCUUCCAAUAAAGUUGGGACGGUGGGAAGAAACAUAAGCUUUUAUAUCACAGAUGUGCCAAAUGGGUUUCACGUUAACUUGGAAAAAAUGCCGACAGAAGGAGAGGACCUGAAACUGUCUUGCACAGUUAACAAGUUCUUAUACAGAGAUGUUACUUGGAUUUUACUGCGGACAGUUAAUAACAGAACAAUGCACUACAGUAUUAGCAAGCAAAAAAUGGCCAUCACUAAGGAGCACUCCAUCACUCUUAAUCUUACCAUCAUGAAUGUUUCCCUGGAAGAUUCAGGCACCUAUGCCUGCAGAGCCAGGAAUGUAUACACAGGGGAAGAAAUCCUGCAGAAGAAAGAAGUUACAAUCAGAGAUCAGGAAGCACCAUACCUCCUGCGAAACCUCAGCGACCACACAGUGGCCAUCAGCAGUUCCACCACUUUAGACUGUCAUGCUAAUGGUGCCCCCGAACCUCAGAUCACUUGGUUUAAAAACAACCACAAAAUACAACAAGAGCCUGGAAUUAUUUUAGGACCAGGAAGCAGCACGCUGUUUAUUGAAAGAGUCACAGAAGAGGAUGAAGGUGUCUAUCACUGCAAAGCCACCAACCAGAAGGGCUCCGUGGAAAGUUCAGCAUACCUCACUGUUCAAGGAACCUCGGACAAGUCUAAUCUGGAGCUGAUCACUCUAACAUGCACCUGUGUGGCUGCGACUCUCUUCUGGCUCCUAUUAACCCUCUUUAUCCGAAAAAUGAAAAGGUCUUCUUCUGAAAUAAAGACUGACUACCUAUCGAUUAUAAUGGACCCUGAUGAAGUUCCCCUGGAUGAGCAGUGUGAGCGGCUCCCUUAUGAUGCCAGCAAGUGGGAGUUUGCCCGGGAGAGACUUAAACUGGGCAAAUCACUUGGAAGAGGGGCUUUUGGAAAAGUGGUUCAAGCAUCAGCAUUUGGCAUUAAGAAAUCACCUACAUGCCGGACUGUGGCUGUGAAAAUGCUGAAAGAGGGGGCCACGGCCAGCGAGUACAAAGCUCUGAUGACUGAGCUCAAAAUCUUGACCCACAUUGGCCACCAUCUGAACGUGGUUAACCUGCUGGGAGCCUGCACCAAGCAAGGAGGGCCUCUGAUGGUGAUUGUUGAAUACUGCAAAUAUGGAAAUCUAUCCAACUACCUCAAGAGCAAACGUGACUUAUUUUUUCUCAACAAGGAUGCAGCAUUACACAUGGAGCCUAAGAAAGAAAACAUGGAGCCAGGCCUGGAACAAGGCAAGAAACCAAGACUAGAUAGUGUCACCAGCAGCGAGAGCUUUGCGAGCUCCGGGUUUCAGGAAGAUAAAAGUCUGAGUGAUGUUGAGGAAGAGGAGGAUUCUGAUGGUUUCUACAAGGAGCCCAUCACUAUGGAAGAUCUGAUUUCUUACAGUUUUCAAGUGGCCAGAGGCAUGGAGUUCCUGUCUUCCAGAAAGUGCAUUCAUCGGGACCUGGCAGCGAGAAACAUUCUUUUAUCUGAGAACAAUGUGGUGAAGAUUUGUGAUUUUGGCCUCGCCCGGGAUAUUUAUAAGAACCCCGAUUAUGUGAGAAAAGGAGAUACUCGACUUCCUCUGAAAUGGAUGGCUCCUGAAUCUAUCUUUGACAAAAUCUACAGCACCAAGAGCGACGUGUGGUCUUACGGAGUAUUGCUGUGGGAAAUCUUCUCCUUAGGCGGGUCUCCAUACCCAGGAGUACAAAUGGAUGAGGACUUUUGCAGUCGCCUGAGGGAAGGCAUGAGGAUGAGAGCUCCUGAGUACUCUACUCCUGAAAUCUAUCAGAUCAUGCUGGACUGCUGGCACAGAGACCCAAAAGAAAGGCCAAGAUUUGCAGAACUUGUGGAAAAACUGGGUGAUUUGCUUCAAGCAAAUGUACAACAGGAUGGUAAAGACUACAUCCCAAUCAAUGCCAUACUGACAGGAAAUAGUGGGUUUACAUACUCAACUCCUGCCUUCUCUGAGGACUUCUUCAAGGAAGGUAUUUCGGCUCCGAAGUUUAAUUCAGAAAGCUCUGAUGAUGUCAGAUAUGUAAAUGCUUUCAAGUUCAUGAGCCUGGAAAGAAUCAAAACCUUUGAAGAACUUUUACCAAAUGCCACCUCCAUGUUUGAUGACUACCAGGGGGACAGCAGCACUCUGUUGGCCUCUCCCAUGCUGAAGCGCUUCACCUGGACUGACAGCAAACCCAAGGCCUCGCUCAAGAUUGACUUGAGAGUCACCAGUAAAAGUAAGGAGUCGGGGCUUUCUGAUGCCAGCAGGCCCAGUUUCUGCCAUUCCAGCUGUGGGCACAUCAGCGAAGGCAAGCGCAGGUUCACCUACGACAACGCUGAGCUGGAAAGGAAAAUCGCAUGCUGCUCCCCGCCCCCAGACUACAACUCGGUGGUCCUGUACUCCACCCCACCCGUCUAGAGUUUGACACAAAGCCUUAUUUCCAGAAGCACAUGUGUAUUUAUACCCCCGGGAAACUAGCUUUUGCCAGUAUUAUGCAUAUGUAAGUUUACACCUUGACCUUUCCAUGGGAGCCAGCUGCUUUUUGUGAUUUUUUAAUAGUGCUUUUUUUUUUUUUUGACUAACAAGAAUGUAACUCCAGAUAGAGAAAUAGUGACAAGUGAAGAACACUACUGCUAAAUCCUCAUGUUACUCAGUGUUAGAGAAAUCCUCCCUAAGCCCGAUGACUGCCCUGCUCCAACCUCCGCCACCUCAGGGCUCACAGGACUAGUUUGAUUCAGGAGCCGCACUGAUCACCCAAUGCAUCAUGGACCCCACUAGGCCAGCCCCGCAGCCCAAAACCCAGGGCAACAAGCCCGUUAGCCCCAAGGAUCACUGGCUGGCCGGAGCAACAUCUCAGGAGUCCUUUAGCAGGCCUAAGACGUGAGGAGGAAAAGGAAAAAGGCAGAAAGCAAGGGAGAAAAGAGAAACCGGGAGAAGGCAUGAGAAAGAAUUUGAGACUCACCAUGUGGGUGGGGAGGGGGACGGGGCUCAGCAAUGCCAUUUCAGUGGCUUCCCAGCUCACCCUUCUAUAUUUGAGGGCCCAGCCAGUAGCAGAUGGGACAGAGAUGAGGGGACAUUUUCUGGAUUCUGGGAGGCAAGAAAAGGACAAAUACCUUUUUUGGAACUAAAGCAAAUUUUAGAACUUUACCUAUGGAACUGGUUCUAUGUCCAUUCCCAUUCGUGGUAUGUUUUGAUUUACAGCACUGAGGGUGGCACUCAACUCUGAGCCCAUACUUUUGGCUCCUCUGGUAAGAUGCACUGAAAACUUAGGUUGUAUCCAUGGCAUGAUGGCCUUAACACUUAAAAUGUCACAUUCUAUUUUGAGUAUUAAUAUACAGUCCAGACACUUAACUCAAUUUCUUGGUAUUAUCCUGUUUUGCACAGUUCAUUGUGAAAGCAAGCCGAGAAGAAUGAAAAUGCCGUCUCGAGGAGGGUUUUCUCCAUACCAAAACUAGGGCUGACGGAGGAAAAAGGUCAAUUAGGUCAAGGGAAAACCCCAUCUCUAUACCAGCCAAACCAGUUCACCAACACAGGUGGGACCCAAAGCACAGGCAACCAGUCAUGUUUCCUUUUCAUUUCAUGGGGAUUCCACUGUCUCACACUAAUCUGGAAGGAUGUGGAAGAGCAUUAGCUGACGCAUAUUAAGCACUUUAAGCUCCUUGAGAAAAAAGGUGAUAUGUAAUUUAUGCAAGAUAUUUCUCCAGUUGGGACUCAGGAUAUUAGUUAAUGAGCCAUCAUUAGAAGAAAAGCCCAUUUUCAACUGCUUUGAACCUUGCCUGGGGUCUGAGCAUGAUGGGAAUAGGGAGACAGGGUAGCAAAGGACGCCUACUCUUAGGGUCUAAAGAUCAAGUGGGCCUUGGAUCACUAAAGCUGGCUCUGUUGGAUGCUAUUUAUGCAAGUUAGGGUCUAUGUAUUUAGGAUGCCUGCACCUUCUGCAGCCAGUCAGAAGCUGGACAGGCAACAGUGGAUUGCUGCUGCUUGGGGAGAAGAGUAUGCUUCCUUUUAUCCAUGUAACUUAACUCUAGAACCUGGGCUCUAAGUAACAGAAGAAUGUAUGCUUCCAUUCUUAUGUGCCACAUCCCUGUUUAAAGGCUCUCUGAAUGAAGAGAUGGGACCACCAUCAGCAUAUUCCCGAGCGAGCCCACUGGCUCCUGGCAGUGGCUUUUGUGGAAGACUCACUAGCCAGAAGAGAGGAGCGGGCCAGGUCUCUCCACCAAGAUCUAAAUCCAAACAAAAGCAGGCUAGAGCCAGAAGAGAGGACAAAUCUUUGUUCUUCCUCUUCUUUAUAUACACAAAAGCACCUGUGACAGCUGGCAAUACUAUAAAUCAGGUAACUGGAAGGAGGUUAAACACAGAAAAAAGACCUCAGUCAAUUCUCUACUUUUUUUUUUUUUUCCAAAUCAGAUAACAGUCCAGCAAAUAGUGAUAACAAAUAAAACCUUAGCUAUUCAUAUGUCUUGAUUUCAAUAAUCUAAUUCUUAAUCAUUAAGAGACCAUAAUAAAUACACCUUUCCAAGAGAAAAGAAAAAUCAUUAGAAUUCCGUUACUCAGCUUCUUCAAACUCAGGUUUGUAGCAUACAUGAGUCCAUCCGUCAGUCAAAGAAUGGUUCCAUCUGGAGUCUUAAUGUAGAAAGAAAAAUGGAGGCUUGUAAUAAUGAGCUAGUUACAAAGUGCUUGUUCAUUAAAAUAGCACUGAAAAUUGAAACAUGAAUUAACUGAUAAUAUUCCAAUCAUUUGCGAUUUAUGACAAAAAUGGCACUAACAAAGAACAAGCACUUCCUUUCAGAGUUUCUGAGAUAAUGUAUGUGGAACAGUGUGGGUGGAAUGGGGCUGAAACCAUAUACGAGUCUGUGUCUUGUCAGUCCAAGAAGUGACGCCUAGAUGUUAAUUUUAGGGACCUGUGCCUUGUUUCCUAGCCCAUAGGAACGCAAACAUCAAACAGAUACUCGCUAGCCUCAUUUAAAUUGAUCAAAGGACGAGUGCAUCUUUGGCCAACAGUGGUGUAACUAUAUGUGUAUGUGUGUGUGUGUGUGUGUUUUGUGCAUAACUAUUUAAGGAAACUGGAAUUUUAAAGUUACUUUUAUACAAACCAAGAAUAUAUGCUACAGAUAUAAGACAGACAUGGUUUGGUCCUAUAUUUCUAGUCAUGAUGAAUGUAUUUUGUAUACCAUCUUCAUAUAAUAAAAUUAACUUCUAAAAACGUA